AUAUGCCCAUGACGCAUACACUGCGUUCAUGGAAAAACAUGGUUUCACAGUAACCAAGAACUAUCAUCUUGAGACUGCCUGGGUGGCUACCUACACCCAUGGACAGGGAGGGCGCGUUCUGGGCAUCAACUCUGAGAUGGAUGCGCUCCCUGGAAUCGGACACGCUUGUGGACACAAUCUGAUUGGGAUAUCCGGAGUAGCGGUAGCUCUUGCAGCCAAGGAUGCUAUGGAGAGGCUGAACAUCGAUGGAAAGGUGGUUCUGCUGGGUACACCUGCCGAGGAGGGUGGGUUUGGCAAGAUCAUGCUGUAUGAAAAGGGGGCUUAUGAUGAGAUGGAUGUGUGCCUUAUGUGCCAUCCCGCACCUGGCCCCCGCCACUCCAUUAGUUUGACUAGCUGCUUGGCUCUUUCUUUCAUCACUGUGGAGUAUCAUGGCCAUACUGCUCAUGCUGGGCUGAGCCCCUGGGAGGGUCAAAAUGCGCUUGAUGCGGCCGUCCUUGCAUAUAAUAACAUCUCCCUUCUUCGUCAGCAGAUUAAACCUACUCAUCGCGUGCACGGCAUCUUUGAGGGAAAGGAUUGGGCUCCAAACAUCAUCCCAGACCACGCUAUAAUGCAGUGGCUAGUCCGUGCUCCUACGACAUCAGAGAUGGAGGACACCAGGACACGUGUUAUUGCCUGUUUCGAAGCAGCUGCACUCGCAUCGGGAUGCAAAGUCCAAAUUACAGUUACAGCAACACUCAACGAAAUCACGCAAAACAAAGUACUUGGCGAUGAGCUUGCUGACAUUGUUUUGAAGCGCUAUGGUGCUAUAGAUUAUGAAUGGGGUAUCAAGAGUGCAUCCACUGAUUUCGGGAACAUUUCGUACUUGAUGCCUGGUCUUCACCCUGGUUUUUCCAUUCCGACCAUUCUAGACGGCGGGAACCAUACCCCAGGAUUCACGGAUGCUGCACGUUCCGAAGUAUCCCAUGAUGCCUGUUUGGUGGUAUCGAAGGCACUCGCGGCUGUAGGCAUGCGAGUGUUGACUGACGAGGCAUUCCUCCAGAAAGUUAAGGACACUUUUGAGGAAGGUAAGAAACUAAGAGUGUAACCAAGCUCCCACGCACAGGCUCUCCAUUCUCCCUUCAGCAACUUCAUCUCACAUCUAGUACUUCUCAAUCGAUACGCUAACCUUUGAUGGAGCACCUUGUAUGAUCAGAAGCAAGAAUUUGUAUAUGUCAAACAUAGUUAUAUUGAGUCUGUCCCCU